AUGGCCCUUUUACCGUAUUUACUCGACGAUUUCGGCCCGAGGCGUCUGCGUGACCAGCUCUUCGGCCUGGAUUUUGGCACCGACGACUUGCUAGCGGACGUUUUGGAUCGGCCCGUGAUACGGAUGCGCCAGUACGUACGCCCGUGGAGGAACCUCAGCGCUUCGGUCCGCGACGUCGGCUCCACAAUCAAGAGCGACCGGGACAAGUUCCAGGUGAACCUGGACGUGCAGCACUUCGCGCCGGACGAGAUCAGCGUGAAGACGGUCGACGGCUACGUGGUGGUGGAAGGGAGACACGAGGAAAAGAGGGACGAGCACGGCUUCAUAUCGCGCCAGUUCAAGCGGCGGUACGCCCUGCCCGAGGGCUGCAACCCGGAAGCGGUCGAGUCCAGGCUGUCGUCCGACGGAGUUCUGACCGUGGUGGCCCCGAAGGAGUCCAGCCAAAAGGGGGAGCGGACGGUGCCGAUUUCCCACACCGGACCCGUAAGAAGGAAGCAGCACGAUGACCAGAGCGAGGAACAGAACGGCGAAGUGGAGGAGGAAGUGAAGACACCGCAGAAGAAGAGACGGCGU